AUGAGAUAUUCAGGUUUAUUGGAGGGAAAAUCGUUUCCUGAUCGGAGUUAUUGGUUUAUAUCUUCUGAUGAAUUGUCUAGUCUUUCUGAGAGCCUUAGUACAGAGUCACUUGCACAACUAACUUUAGAUAACUAUUCUGGUCAAAGUGACUAUUCCUUUUCUGAUGACAGUAAUGAAUAUCCAUCAUUUCUCAGUCAUGGGACACAUCCUAAUCGCAAAAUUUCUUGCGAAACACAGCAAAGAAGAAUACGACAUAGUGACGACCACAGCUCAAAGCUUAUAACACGGAAAGAAUGUUCUGGAGUUAGGAGUGUACGAUUAUCUGAUUGUGCAAACCCACGUUCUUACUUGGCUAGAAAAUGUAUUAACGGAACAGCAUCAUCUCUACAUAUUCCACCCACUCACAAAAAAUACACGGGUGAUAUGGAAAAAGGAAGAUCCGUUUCCCGUAAUUUUGUGUCUAAGAAUGAUGAAAUUGAACAGUUGAAUGAAUGGUUAGCAAAAACUGGCAUUGAACAAAAUAUUAUUACUGAACGUAAAUUUAAACAAACGGAGAGGAGAAUACAACUGAAGAAACAACAACAACGACGAGGUCAAGAAUUAGAGAGAAAAAAAAUUAAGGAGGCGAAUAAAUUGAAAGAAGAAUUCAAUGAAGAACGUAAUGAUAGUAGUCGUGAUUUCGCUUCUAUGCCACAUGAAUCACGAUGCUCUGCUGGUUCGUUGAAAUCUGAAAAAUUACAAAUCAACAACCUAACAAAACGAAACAAAGGCUCAGGUUAUUAUUUUAUUGACAAUUUACCAAGAAAAAUAUCAAGCAAACAACAUACUACUAAUAAUCAUAAUAAGCAACCACAGAAUCGUUUAUCAUCUUCAUUAUCAUCAUCACGAUCCCCAUCCUCAUCAUUAUCAUCAUCAUCAUCGCGUCGUCAUCAUCGUCAUCAUCGUGGUGGAGGUGGCGGUGGCGGUGGCGGUGGCGGUGGCGGAGGAGGUGGAGGUGAAAGUUCACUUAUUUCAGAUUUAUAUGAUAUAACUGAAUGUUUAAUUAGUGAAACUGUUGGUGAUUGGUUAUUGAUUAAACCGAUGAAUAAUAAUACUAAUAAUAAUAAUAAUGAUACAAAUAAGAGACAUACUACUGAUAAUGAUAUUAUUGCAUUGACAAAUGUUAAAACUUCGAAAAAAAAUGCUCAGAAUCAAUUAUGCCCAUGGGAAUGUUGGUUAUUAGAGAAAGAACGUCAAAAACGAAAACAAAAGAAAGAAUUAAAAGAGAAACAGAAUAAAGCAAUGAAAGAGAUGAAUGAAUUAUUAGCUCAUGAAAAACAACUUGAAAAAAUUGCUGAACGUAAAUGUAAAGAAUGGAUUGAACGAAAACAAAAAGAGAGAAUACAAUUGAAACGACGUCAAGAAUUAGAGAGAAAAAAUAAGGAAGCGAAAAAAUUGAAAGAAUUCAAUGAACGUUCACAGAAAUCUAAAUUAAAAUAUAAAGAAUGGUGUAAAAAAAAGACAGAAGAAAAGAAUAGAAAAAUCAAUUAUAUAAAAUUAAUUGAAUUCAAUCAACAACUGGCUAGUCAAACUCGUAAAGACGCUUCAAUAGCAGCUUAUGCUAAUUGGUUAAAAUCGAUCGGUUGUAAGAAGUCGACUACUGCUUAUUAUUCACAAGGCUAUUCAGAUGGAAAACUUAUAGAUUAUUAUGAUCGAACAGCCAAUCCGCCACCAAGUUUCAUCAAUCCCAAUCCAUGGAUUAAUCCUACAGAUGUAACUCCUUACAAAGCUGAUUGUUGA